UGGCAUAUGGUAGGCUUGUUAACUAGAUUCGUUUCCAUUCUCAGAUUGACACCUAUGUAGCUGGAGAUCCACAAUCACUGACAUAAAAGCAUGAAUCUAUUACUCCAUUCAACACAUGGACAAAGCUGGGGUUUCCAAGACCUACAAACUUGGUGAUCCAAUUACUAGCGACAUCAUUGUUCAGUUGAGAAACAAAGAAGGAAGAUAUGAACAGUUCUAUUGCCACUCCUCCAUUCUCACAAAGAAAAGCAAGUUCUUCGUUGAUCAACUAUGUCGGCCCAACUCCACUAAUUGCAUUGAGUUAUCUGCUUCUGUAUUUGAUUAUGAAUACCUCAAUAAGCUCUUGGGAAUGCUCUAUCUCUCUGGAGAGUCACUCCCGGAUUCUUUCGACUUUGUCAGAAUCGCUCUUGGUGUACUUCAAACUGCAACUCCCUUACGCUGUGAAGAGAUCUCCAAGAUCUGCAUACAGUACCUCGAAGCUGUUCCAUGGGAGGAUAAAGAAGAAGAAGAAAUUCUGAACGCUGUCAGCGGAUUGGGUCCAUUAGCCACACCCCUAUUAGCUAGAAUACAGCCUGUAGACAUAAGUGACACUAAAGAUGUCUUCCUCUCAGCAAUUAGCUUUUUGAUGUGCACCAGUAGAACAUCUCCUCAAUUAGAUGACCUAAAAACCUCUAUGCGGGAACAAGUUGAUUACAUGCUAGUAGAAGAUGAAGAUGCCCCUCUAGUUAUUGUUGAUGACGAGGUACGAGCUGAGAUGAAAAUAGGUAUUUCCACAAUUUUCUCCUUAUUUGAGAAGGAAAUGAGUUCUUUUCCACAUGAAGUUGCCUUUCGAUCCGAGAAAGCUGAAAGCAAAGUUUUGCGGAUUCUGUUGGAUAUUGAGUGGAUGAGUAGCAUAGUUCCUAAAAUGGAUCUUAUGAUGGAAUUUAUUUCCACUUGGAUUGAUGUUUCAGACAAUAUUUUGAGAAUAAUUCAAGAUGAGAAAUUGGAUAUGAUUAUGUGGGGAUUGAAAAGGAAAUUACUAGAAGUUGUAGGAAAGGUAUUGGAAGCGGUCAGUUGUGGGACUUUGAUACUUCCAGUACCAGCCCGCGUUCAGUUGUUCACUACAUGGCUUCCUUAUAUUAGAAAAAUGAAGCCUCUGUUGGAGUCGAAGGGCAGUGAAGAGUUAGGGUUUCCAUACAAAAUGGCUGAUGAUUUAUGCCACAGUACCCAAAGCUCUAUCAUCUCAAUGGUGUUGGCUUUGCCGGUACAAGAACAAACUGACAUUCUCGCUGACUGGAUUCAAGCUGAUCAGGUGAAGUUUCCGGAUUUAAGUGAGGCACUCGAGGUCUGGUGUUGCAGAACCAAGUCUACGAAGAGAAGAUUGAUGGUGGGCUUCGGCGAAGUCGGUAAUGCUGCCUUCAGUCUUUGACGAAAUCUCUAUUUUACUUUUCACAAUAUUUAUUUAAUUAAAUGAGAUGGACAAUUUUGAUGUUA